CGCUCGUUCCGCCUAAUAUCUAGAAUAAACCCUGUCGAUCUAGGAGGAAGAUGCAUUGCUCCUCAAUUUUUACUUUCUCGCUCUUCUUGGGCAAUGCUGUUGCAAUCCUCACUACCGGCACCACUGGCGGAGGCGUUUCGUCUUCCGUUUCCACUGGUAACCGUGGGGUACUUCGCCACAACGCAAGAUAUCCGGACAAAGACCCUCACACUUAUUUUGUGUUUGAUUACCGCCCUGCUGGAGUUAUUCAAGGUUGCCACGGCUUUAUUUGCUAUGGGUAUGACGGCAAACCGUCUACGCUCCCUGGCGAAGAAUAUAUAGAGAAAGAUUUAAUCGCGUGGGAGACGAUUCGUCAAGGUCUUGACGCGUGGAAGAAGGGGCACGCCAAAGAAGAUGCCUUUAUUUACAUGGUUGACCGAGGUGCAUUUUUACCAUCCAGGUCCCUUUCCGAUACCCUAUACAAUCACAUCAAAUGGUCAAACAUUAAAGGGUGGGCGCGUCUUGGACACAGUGAGCCCUAUUACGGACAUGUUAUUGGCGGAUAUGUGCCAAAUAACCUCUUUAAGCCCUAUAUGGUGAAAGAGCCAAGAAAGAGACUGGAUAGGUCCCUGGCGAUGGAGCCGGCCAACUACAAUGUACGCAUGCCAGAAAAGCUCUAA